CACUACAAGCGACGCGGGUUCGAGUCCCCGCUUCGGCCACCAUGGCGGGCGCGGAAGCGGAGCCCGGGAGUGGCGGCGGCAGUGGCUCGGCUCCUCCGGGCCAGAGCCACAGCGCCGUGCCUGUGGCCCCGCUGGACCCCGAGCAGCUGCGGCGGGUCCUGGAGCAGGUGACUCGGGCGCAGCCACCGCCCUUCGUGCUGCAGGACGCGGCGCAGCGGCUCCGGGACGCGGCCCAGCAGGCCGUCCUGCAGCGGGGACCCGGCGCCGGAGCCCCGCGCCUGCUGCCGCCCCAGCAACUUGAAGCCAUUUGUGUCAAGGUGACAGCUGGUGACACAAAGGAAAGGCCAAUGCCCCCUCUGGCCACCAUCCCACCCAAAACGGCAAGACCAAGUCCGCUACCGGGGAGAAGCUCCAGCCUGGGGCUCUGCGUCUCCGGCCCUCAGCUGCUCAGGGUGCAGGCCCUGGGGAGGACUGGGUCACAGCUGCGCUUCCUCAGAGGUUCCCCUCAACCUCCUGCCCCUCGGGUGCUGGUACAGAAGCCGCUGCCAGCCCUGCAGCCAGUCCCUUCAAGGAGAGGCAAGGCCCCCCAGGCGGCAAAUGGGCAUGGUGUCACUCUGAGCCCUUUGGCAGCCUCUGACCCGCCUGCCGUAGCCCCUGUCCGGUCCAGUUCAGCACGUCUGUUCAUUUCCAGCUUGCACGCAGCACAUACCGAGAAGUUGAAGAAAUCUUUAAAGGUGAAAACCCGCUCUGGACGGAUAUCCCGGCCUCCCAAAUAUAAAGCCAGAGAUUAUAAAUUCAUCAAAACAGAGGACUUAGCAGAUGGGCACCUGUCAGAUUCUGACGACUACUCUGAGCUGAGUGUGGACGAGGAGGAAGAGAGGGAGAAGCCAGGGCGCUUUGACAUUGAGGGCUGUGCCCUGAGGCCCAAGGCCUUUAAGUGUCAGACUUGUGAAAAGUCAUACAUAGGAAAGGGGGGACUGGCGAGGCAUUUUAAACUCAACCCAGGCCACGGCCAGCUGGAGCCUGAGCUGUUGCAGUCAGAGGAAGCUAAUGGGAGCCUGACCCUGGGGUGCAUAGACUCCAAGACCCGAGGCCUGGCUUCCCCCACGCUGCCCACACCAGCUGUUCUCUGCGCAGAAGAGGCAGCGGCAGCGAGGCGUGUCCUGCAGAAUGGUCAGCCUGCUGAAGUUGAAGAGACAGUGGUACCUGAAUCAGAAAGUAGAAGUCCCCCAGCACUUCUGAGACCAAAGAAAUACCUAGAACCUAGGAAUGGAAGUUGGGCAAGCCAGGCAGAGUCCAGCCCAGCCAGCCUCCAGCAGAGCGGAGGUGUCCCACCAAACAGCGACAGUGCUGCGCCUUCAGGGCUGAGCCUCUCCAGGGAAGUGCAGCUCCGGGAGGCUCUCAAGCAGUGUGGCCGAGAGGAGCUGGUGGAAUUGGUCCUGCCUCAGCUGGCUCAGGUGGUGACCCUGUAUGAACUUCUUGUGGUGAAGGUUGAGAGAAGUCCCGGAGCGAAGCCUAUCUUUCCUGCUGUGUACAAGGAGUUUGAAGAGUUGUAUGACGUGGUGAAGAGAAUGUGUCAGGAUUACCUCAGCAGCUCUGGCCUGUGUUCUCAGGAGCCCCUGGAGAUAAACAAUGACGAGGUUGCCAGGUCAUUAGGAAUCACAGAAUUCCUGAGGAAGAAAGAGACACAACCGAGCAGUGCACCGGAGUGCUCCAGCCUGAAGCUGGAGGAAGCCAGUGGACAGAAGAGGGAGAGGGAGCAGGGUGUGGUGGCCACAGAGGAAGGGCUGGCCACAGUGAAGAAGGCCCGGACAGCAGCUCUGCCCACAGAUGUCCCUGAGUGUCCUGCCGCCAUCAGUGGAUGCCCGCAGGAGCCUGGGUCCUCAUGUGCUCCAUUCACCAGCAAGGGUUCUGCCCCUGCAGCCAUUGAGAAGUCUUCUCCCUGCUCUGAAGGAAGCUGUGGGGAGAUGGCUCCUGGAGUGGACCCUGCAGGCCAGCAGCUUUCAGUGAUGCCAUCUGCUGACUUUGAAGCCAGGAGUGGCUCUGCAGACCCUGCUCUUCUGUGUCAGCAUGUCAGUAGGUCAGUUUUUUAUCCCCAGGUGGCAGAGCCCAGAGAGCUGCCCCCAGCCCAGAUGUCAGUGUUUUCUGAAGAGAAUGCUCCAGAACACACCGUAGAGCAGGAUUCUGGGGCCAUCCAGAGGAGCAAUGGUGUCUGUGGUAACCCAUCAUCAGGUGGAGGAGUGGAGUCCCUGCUUCUUGGAGAAUCAGGAAAUGCAGAGGCAGGAGACUUCAGCGAAAUGAGCCCACCCCACCGGAGUGGGCAGCAGGCCAGCCCCAGCCAUGCCCUGCCUGCAGAGGCUGUAGCCUUCCCACUCCAGAACAUCUUGCCUGUGAAUGUCUUGCCAGCUGCCUGUGUUUUCAAGACUGUGACCAAGCCAGAGCCUCAUUCCGGACCAGAUGGAUCACUGUCCACUAGUGGGGGUCCCAGUGUGGGGAGCAAAGCUGGGGAUGUAAGCCAGUUCCUCUCUAGGAGGGAGGCGGAUGGCCAGAGAGAGCCAGAGACUGUGGCUGCUGUGGGGGAAGCCCUGGCUUUUGAGAUUUCUGAUGUGUGCCAGGAAGUGUUGUCUCAGGGACAGGAGCAGAUUUUUAUUCGGACUUCCAGUGGGCUUAUUUUGUCCCAUCCAAGUACCAUCCAAGUGUCUCAGGAAGAGAACGCCAUCUUAGAGACUAACGGGGGUUCUGUCUUGAGGUUUGACCCGCCAGAAGGAGUUGCUCUUGAAGCCAUGGGGGCCUUCCACACUGCAGAGGCAGAGCCCUCUCAGUGACCAGGAGUCGUGUGCAUGUGCGUGUGCGUGUACAUGUGUGUGUGUGUGUGUGUGUGUG